UAUAUAUAUAUAUGCAAGACCAAAAAGGAUCUCUCUUAUCCUGCUCUCUCUAUAUGCGAAAAAGAUUCCUCUGUUUUUUAGUUUUCCUUCUCUAAAACUCGUUGUCGUAUAUCCCAAAAACAUUGUCGUAAUCAUCUUCUUCGUUUUCCCUUUGGAAUUAUCGCAUAAACCCUUUUUAAUUCUUCCAUAAUCCAUGGCUACUGCAGAUUCAAACUCAAACAGUUUAACAACCCUUAGAAUUAUGGUUGAGAGAAACCCUUCUGAAGCCCGUUUAUCCGAGAUGAACAUCAAGUGCUGGCCCAAAUGGGGUUGCUCGCCGGGGAAAUACCAGCUGAAGUUUGAUGCAGAAGAGACAUGUUAUCUACUGAAAGGGAAGGUAAAGGCAUACCCAAAAGGUUCAUCGGAGUUUGUGGAGUUUGGAGCCGGAGACCUUGUUAUUAUCCCAAAAGGAUUAAGUUGCACUUGGGAUGUUUCUGUAGCUGUAGAUAAAUAUUACAAAUUCGAAUCUUCUUCAUCUUCUUCUUCAUAGUACAAUGAUUCUUGUUGUUGCCCUUUUUUUUUUUUUGGGUUUUUUUUUUUUUUUUUUUUUGGGAUACAGGUUGUCUUUUAUUAAGAUAUUCUUUAAAAAUGUAUUCACAAUUUUGGGUUUUUUUUUUUUUUUUUUCCCCUUCCUGUAGGAGAAAGUGAUCUCUCUUUAGUGGUAGUCAAAGAAAGGAAACAAUUAGUCAAUGCAUGUCCCAUUCAAACUAA